GCAUCACACUCGCCUCACAGCCUCUCAUCAUGAAGACCGCCGUCCUCCUCGCCCUCGUGUCUGUGGCCAUGGCCGCCAAACUGCCCACCGAGGACCUUCCUGUGGCCAUCGUGAGGAGCAGCCAAGUGAACCCCGACGAGAGCGGCGCCCACAGCUCCGACUUCGAGGCCGAGAACGGCAUCGUGUUCCAGUUCUCUGGCAAAGAGGCUGAAGAGGGCGGCGCCAACAUGGUCGGAUACUUCGCCUACCCCCAGGAGGACGGCUCUCUGGCCGAAGUCAAGUUCGUGGCCGACGAGAACGGCUUCCAGCCCGAGUCCUCCCUCCUGCCCGUGGCCCCCGCCUUCCCCACCCCAUCCCCCAGUUCGUCCUCGACCAGAUCGAGUUCGCCGCCUCGAGGACGAGCGCAAGGCUCUCGAGGCUGAAGACUAGAUGGAGUUCUUUUCCUUUUUUCUUAUUUAUUUGUAUUCAUAUCUCGAAAUAAAUAAAAAUGAUACAUUC